GGCUCAGCGCCAGGGGACGCUAGAGGGCUGGGGCUCCUUGGCAACCAUUUGCUCCGCCCCUCCCGCCCCCUCCGCCUCCUCCGCCCCUUUAACCUUUAGGGUGCACGGGCGCAGAGUCCUUCACACUCUUUCCCCUUUCCCCCUCCCCUUUCCCCACCCCCCGUGCCCAAGUCUCCGGGCCGGAAGUGAAGAUGGCGGCUGCGGCGCCUUCUGGCGCGGCUUCAGCGGAGCUGGUGAUCGGCUGGUGCAUAUUCGGCCUCUUAUUACUGGGUUCUGGGACUGCCAGUGGUUGGAGGACUUCACACUUUGACAGCUGCUGCCAGUAAUCUACUGAAGAAUCGAACAGCUAUUUUGGCAUUCUGCUGGAUAUAUGUUCGUAAAUACCAAAGUCAGCGGGAAAGUGAAGUUGUCUCCACCAUAACGGCAAUUUUUUCUCUGGCAAUUGCACUUAUCACAUCAGCACUUCUACCAGUGGAUAUAUUUCUGGUUUCUUACAUGAAGAAUCAAAAUGGUACAUUUAAGGACUGGGCUAAUGCUAAUGUCAGCAGACAGAUUGAGGACACUGUAUUAUAUGGUUACUAUACCUUAUAUUCUGUUAUAUUAUUCUGCGUGUUCUUCUGGAUCCCUUUUGUCUACUUCUACUAUGAAGAAAAGGAUGAUGAUGAUACUAGUAAAUGCACUCAAAUUAAAACAGCAUUCAAGUAUACUUUGGGAUUUGCUGUAAUUUGUGCACUUCUUCUUUUAGUUGGUGCUUUUGUUCCUCUGAAUGUUCCAAAUAACAAAAAUUCUACAGAGUGGGAAAAAGUGAAAUUCUUGUUUGAAGAACUUGGAAGUAGUCAUGGUUUAGCUGCAUUGUCAUUUUCUAUCAGUUCUCUGACCUUGAUUGGAAUGUUGGCAGCUAUAACUUACACAGCCUAUGGCAUGUCUGCAUUACCUUUAAAUCUGAUAAAAGGCACUAGAAGUGCUGCUUAUGAACGUUUAGAAAACACUGAAGACAUUGAAGAAGUGGAGCAACACAUACAAACGAUUAAAUCAAAAAGCAAGGAUGGUCGACCUUUGCCAUCAAGGGAUAAACGCGCCUUAAAACAAUUUGAAGAAAGGUUACGAACACUUAGGAAAAGAGAGAGGCACUUAGAAUUCAUUGAAAACAGCUGGUGGACAAAAUUUUGUGGUGCUCUGCGUCCCCUGAAGAUCAUUUGGGGAAUAUUUUUCAUCUUAGUUGCAUUGCUGUUUGUAAUUUCUCUCUUCCUAUCAAAUUUGGAUAAAGCUCUUCAUUCAGCUGGAAUAGAUUCUGGUUUUAUAAUUUUUGGAGCAAACCUGAGUAAUCCUCUGAAUAUGCUUUUGCCUGUUCUACAAACAGUAUUUCCUCUUGAUUAUAUUCUUAUAACAAUUAUUAUUAUGUACUUUAUUUUUACUUCAAUGGCAGGAAUUCGAAAUAUUGGCAUAUGGUUCUUUUGGGUUAGACUAUAUAAAAUUAGAAGAGGUAGAACGAGGCCCCAGGCACUCUUAUUUCUCUGCAUGAUACUUCUGCUUAUUGUCCUUCACACUAGUUACAUGAUUUAUAGUCUUGCUCCCCAAUAUGUUAUGUAUGGAAGCCAAAAUUACUUAAUAGAGAGCAAUAUAACUUAUGAUGACCAUAAAAACAACUCAGCCCUCCCUGUGCCAAAGAGAUGUGAUGCAGAUGCCCCUGAAGAUCAGUGUACUGUUACCCGGACGUACCUGUUCCUUCACAAAUUCUGGUUCUUUAGUGCAGCAUACUAUUUUGGUAACUGGGCCUUUCUUGGGGUAUUCUUGAUUGGAUUAAUUGUAUCCUGUUGUAAAGGGAAGAAAUCAGUCAUUGAAGGAGUAGAUGAAGAUGAUUCAGACAUAAGUGAUGAUGAGCCCUCUGUCUAUUCCGUUUGACAGCCUCUGUCGUAGGGGUUUUAUAAAGCUGACUGAAUGUCUGUUAUGCAUUUUUAAAGUGUUAAACUAAUAUUAGGAUGAACUGACUAGCUUUCAUCAAAAAUGGGAGCAUGGCUAUUAAAAAAAACUAUAUUUUUUAUGUUAUCUGAAGUAACAUUGUAUCAUAGAUUAACAUUUAAAAUUGCUAUAAUAAUUCUAUGUAAAUAUAAAACUAUGGAUUUUGUGAAGGAAUGUUUGUGGAAAUUUUUUUUUCUCUAGUGUAUAAUAGUGUUGAAUUGAUUAAAAAUCUUCCAGAACUAAUAUUCCCUUUUGUCACUUUUUAAAAAACAUAAUAAAUCAAUUGUAUCUGUGCCUUUGGGUCUCUAGAGUAAUGUGGAAUUCUGAAGUGUCUAUAAGUGAUUGUCUAAAAAUAAUACUCACAAAAUAGCUGACAAAUAAAUGUUACUCCCCUCUGCAA